GGUAGGAGCUGCACUAACCGCAGCCGCAGUGGAGAUGGAUACCCGUGGCCUGUAGCAUAUUGACGCUCCACCUAUUGUACAAGAAAAGGGAAAGUUAAAAAAAAAAAGGAAAAUCAUGAACAUGAAUUGAUGAAAUACAUCAUUUCCAAUUGGAGGAUUAUCAGACAGGAAAAACAUUUGAGUAGAGGCUUGAAGAUUCUUUCCUUUUUUUUUUACUUAAAAUGUCAUGACAGCUGAAAUCUUGUACAGUGUUGCUAACUGGCUAAUAAUCGUGGGAAAGAAACUGCCGAUGAUGCAGCACUGGAUUGGACCGUUCAUUUCUGCCUGUGAGCUUCCUGAAAACGAGCAGUAGGGUGAUAUUUACAGCCAUGCGCAUCUUCUGACUGACAUUAAUGAAGCUGAACAUUUCCGUUGUUUCGGACUCCCCCAGAUCUGGACCGGUAUGCCUUCACAGGAUUCUUGAUGUAAUGCAUUUUUGGAAGCUCAUCAAUUCAAGGAACAGAUGUAUGACAACAGCAGGAAGAAUUAAAACAUUUAGACUGUAUAGGCUUUGAGCCCUUCUCUGCGAGUCUUUCAUUCAUCCAGUGGCAGAGUUUAAUACGUUGUAUUUUAAAAGCAAGGUCUCCUUGUAAUGCCACCCCCCUGCCCCCCAUGUGUAGCAGAGUAGGACACUGAUAACCUUGAGCUCUCAGCUCUGCUGCAGACUCUUAUUUUGAAGGAGUCGCCCAGCCCAUUCCUUACUGCGACAGGCAGUCUGAUUUAACGGGGCACAGAGUGCUCUGUCCCUGGAUCAGCAGGGUCCCUCUUAGCCCAUCUCCCGGUUCCUCUGCUCCGGCGUGUAAUUGGACGCCUCGCUCCCAACGCAGGCCAGCGGACGAUCAGGAAUGAUUUCCCAAGGAAUCCCCCAGAACGGGGAGCACCAGGCGGAGGAGAACAGGGAACACCAAGUGAAUGGGGGGCAGGAUGAAGUUCCCGUCUCCAACUUGCAGAGGAGGCGCAGUGACAUCAAAGUCUACAAGGAGUUCUGCGACUUUUAUGCGCGCUUCAACAUGGCAAAUGCCCUGGCGAAUGCCAUCUGCGAGCGCUGCAAAUACGGCUUCGCCCCGGCAGAGAAAAUCGUCAACAGCAACGGGCAGCUGUACCACCAGCAGUGCUUCGUGUGUGCACAGUGCUUCCAGCAGUUUCCCGACGGCCUUUUCUACGAGUUUGAAGGCAGGAAGUACUGUGAGCAUGACUUCCAGAUGCUGUUCGCGCCCUGCUGUCAUCAGUGUGGGGAAUUUAUCAUUGGCCGUGUCAUUAAGGCCAUGAACAACAGCUGGCACCCCAACUGCUUCUGCUGCGACAUCUGCCAGACAGUGCUGGCCGACGUGGGCUUCGUUAAGAACGCCGGCAGGCAUCUGUGCCGCACAUGUCACAACCGGGAGAAGGCGAGAGGCCUGGGCAAGUACAUCUGUCAGAAAUGCCACGCCAUUAUCGACGAUCAGCCUCUCAUCUUCAAGAAUGACCCGUACCACCCCGACCACUUUAACUGCACCAACUGCGGUAAGGAGCUGACUGCCGAUGCCCGGGAACUGAAGGGAGAACUGUACUGCCUGCCCUGUCAUGACAAAAUGGGGGUGCCCAUCUGCGGAGCCUGCCGCAGGCCCAUCGAGGAGCGGGUAGUCAAUGCCAUGGGCAAGCAGUGGCAUGUGGAGCAUUUCGUGUGUGCAAAGUGCGAGAAACCAUUCCUCGGACAUCGUCACUAUGAAAGAAAAGGAUUGGCUUACUGUGAGACACACUACAAUCAGCUCUUUGGUGAUGUCUGCUAUCACUGCAAUCGUGUGAUUGAGGGAGACGUGGUUUCUGCACUCAACAAGGCCUGGUGUAUUAACUGCUUUUCCUGCUCCACCUGCAACACCAAACUCACACUCAAGGACAAAUUUGUGGAGGUGGACCUCAGGCCGGUGUGUAAGCACUGCUAUGAGCGAUUGCCCGAGGAGCUCAAGUUCCGUCUCGCUAAGCGGGAACGUGACGCCAAAGACAAGAAGAAGAAAGCUGGCAUCUGUCUCUAAACCCUUCUGUCCCUCAUCCUCAGCUUCUCAUGUCACAUCUUUGGUUAGUGUCCUUCUCUCUGCCUUGCUUUCCGUUUCCUUUCCAUUCUCCUCUUGGUGUGUAAACUUCUAUUGAUAAAUGUAUUCAUUCAUUAUUUUCCUCUCACAAUUCUGGUCAGCCCAUUAGGCGACAUGGGUGGCUACCUAGAGUACCACUUUUCUGAGUGGGUGUCGACUUAGCAAGCCACUUCAACAGUUCAAGACAAAGUGAGAUGGCCCCUUAUUCCUCUGAUUCUGAGACUCUGGGGGGCCUUUUCAGACACUGUAAUGUCUGCAGUCCAUUUGUUGGUCCAUUUGGUGCAUAAUUAGCAUGCAAAACAUACUCUGUAAACCCUCUGCAUGUUGUCACACUGCAACCAUUUGUGUCCAGGAACAAGUUUGUGGAGUUUGACAUGAAGCCAGUGUGCAAAAAGUGCUAUGAGAAGUUUCCCCUGGAGCUGAAGAAGCGGCUGAAGAAACUUGCAGAAAUACUGGGUCGGAAGUAAACUGCUACAUUCAAAACGGGCUUCACCGACUAGCUUGGCUGCAUGUUCCAGUGAUGAUGAGCACAGCGCUGCGAUGUCAAUCAACUUUAACAAAAGGAGCACAUUCUUUUAAGAUGCACCUUUGCUGUGGAACAAAUAACAAUGGCGUUUUCUUCAGUGCAUUGUAUCUUAUAGUGCGUUUCAUUUGAACAUAUGCGUUUACCUGAUCUGGAUGCAGUGACUAGUUGGUUGUGUGCAUGCCCCAAGCUUCCAAAAUAUGUCACUGGCCGAUGGAUGCAGCUAGUAAAUAUUAGCAAUAAUUUCUGUUACACUUUAAGAUUAGCUUAAAUAAGCACCUUAAAGACUGAUGUUUUUGAUGUAGCCUUCACUGUGGAGUAUUUGCAUGGCUCAAAUGGAUUAAAAAUGUUAAUUAUUGUUUAUGUCAUAUAAGAUAAAACCCUGGCUCUUUUUAAACCAAUAAACCAAGCAAAUGGAAACAUGCAAUUUUUGCCAUAUAAGGAUUUCUAAGAGGUUCUAUAAGGUUCGGAGGAUUGUUAGAAAGAUGUGAUGCUAGGCUCAUUUUCCAAGCAGUGGUUCUGCCACUGAUAGUCGAAAUGUUACUUUUUGUCAAAAUUAAAACAUUAUUGUAGUUUCUUUCUUGUCACAUAUCUUAUAUAAAUAAAAGAUGUUUCUACAUGAC